AUGAGGUUGAGAAUCGAAACCUGUCCUACACUUCCACCGCUACGAGUCUGGAUCGUCGUACCCUCCCCUCCCCUCCAACCUCUAUGCCCAUCCACGAGUGCUACCGUUCCACUUCCACCACCCCAAUCUCAUGCCACGCAAUCUCGACUGCAAUCACCCAGCCAUGGUCAUACCACGACUACUGCUCCAACUAUCAGAACGAUUAAAGAUAUCAAAAGGAGUGUGAUACCUAAUUUACCGGGGUUGAAGCAGUUGAAGUUGGAUUGGAGGCGGAUGGUGUUGUCGAUGGAGGGGUUUGAGUUGUUGGAUGAGGGGGAGGUUGUGGGGUUGUUGAGGGAGGGGGAUUUGGUUGUUUUGGGGUAUAGGGAGGAGGCGGUGGUGGAUGGUCUGGGUGAUGGGAAGGCCAAGGAGAAAGGGAAAGAGAGUAGGAAGAGGAAGAGGGAGGAGAGUGAGAGUGAUUCGGAGAGUUCGGAGAGUUCAAGUUCGUCCAGUUCCAGCUCCAGCUCGAGUUCGAGCUCGUCGUCGUCGAGUUCAAGCUCAUCAUCAUCCUCGUCCUCCUCUUCCUCAAGCUCGACCUCAUCCUCCAAGCACACCGCCAAAAAACGCAAACCCAACUCCAAAUCUAAAGACGAACUGGCUGCUGAACGAAUUCUCUCUCUCAUUUCUUCCAAACUUCCUUCUGGUGCAUCGUCCAAGACUACCUGUGGGCCAUCUAAGUUCAGGAAGCAAUACGCGAACCUCCUCGCGAAAAUGCGGAAACGGAAGAAGAUGUAUGAGGGUGGAGCCAAGUGGGAGGAUGUAGGUGGGGAGGAGCUUGUGCAGGAGGUUGCGAAGUUGGUUGAGGGGUUGGUUGGGGAGGGUGACGAGGAAGAGAGUGACAGUGGGAGUGAGAGUGGAAGUGAGAGUGAUAGUUCGUCGAGUUCAGGUUCCAGUUCGAGUUCAUCGAGUUCAGCGUCAAGUUCGGAUUCGGAUUCUUCCUCGAGUGAUACCUCCUCGGGUUCCUCGAGCUCUGGAUCGUCAGCUCCGAGUGUUCGUGGAGUUGGGCCUUCUAGUUCGAAAGCGAAUGGGAAGGAGAAGGCCGUUUCAAAAUCACUACAAUCCUCAACACCCAAACCUCCUCCCAUGCAACCCAAAACCAAAAGCGCACCUCCCGCACCUUCGAAAACCACUAAAUCUGUCAUUCCUGGUACGGCCACGACCCACGUCCCACCAGGCCUCGGAAAACCUACGACUCAUUCGAGGAAUGAGAGGAGGAGGAAGAAGCGGAGGGCUGAGAAGGAGGCCGCUGCAGCCGUCGCUGGGAGUGCACCUCCCCCGAAAGGGAGCUCGGAUGCUAAUUUGGUGCCGUUGGGGUCGAGGACUGGAGUUGGAGUGGAUGCGGAGGGCGGGAUUGGGAUGGAGGUUGACCAGGCAGGGGUAGGUGUUGGUGCGGGUGUCGGUGGAGGCUCGAGUAGAGGGUCUGUCCAGCCGGGGAAUCAUGCGCAACCACAGCCUACCUCGAGCUCAUCCUCCACGAUGAAGGGCGCGCAGUCAGGCGCUCGCGCUCUCGUCGUGAACUCGAGCGCGGACGAGGACGCGUUCCCGAAGAUCAUGAUGGCCUCGUUGAGGAAUAAGAAUAAGAAGAAGGGUUUUUUCAAGCAGGUUAUGAUGGAUAGGUUGAAUGGCGGGCCUGAGAAGCGGAAGAUUAGGUUUGGGGAGGGUGAGGAAGGGGGUGGGGAUGUCCAAAUGGACGCGGGUGGACAUGAAGAGGAAGACGAGGACAUGUACGCGGACGAAGAAGAAGAGAUGGGGUACGAAGCCGGUGAAUCCUCCGCCACUGGUCUUUCAACUUCCAAAUCGACACCCUCGCCGACGAAGAAGCGGGCCUACUCAAGGCCGCGGCUCGUGCCGCCAUCUGAACUUCAAGAACAAGGGCGCUUACCGGCGAAUAUAUUUGUCACGAGUGUGGAUGUUGAGGAGGGGAUGUGGGAUGGGCAGCAUAAUACUGGUUCGCGACCGAAGAAGAAGAAGAGGAAGAAGAAUAGGGAUGUGGAGGAUGUGUUGUAUGAGGAGGAGGUAGUGGAGGAUGGACAGUUUAUGGAUGCUGAUGCUGAUGCGGGUCCGGCUGCGGAGGAAGAUGGCGUUAUGCAGUUGGUUUACGAUGAUGGGCCGUAUGAGGCACAAAAGGAUCAGGAAAAGGAAGGAGAAGUUGAUUGGGAGAAGGCGGAGAAGGAGUGGGAUAAUUUUAGAGUUGUGAAGGAGAAGAGUGAGGUUGUGGUUAGGAUGUUGCUCGGGUGGAAGGAACUCUCUAUCAAUCCUACGACGUUCUCCCCGGAGAUGAUGCUCAAUCUCGGAAAGGUUACGAAAGUGGACGGAGACGGGGACACUUUGACGAUUCGGCAUGUGAAGAAGCCAUUCCAGGGAUCGGAGACUGCUAUGGCGUUUGGGCUCGUUCAGGCCAGUGAAGGCGAGGAACCAGAUUCGGAAGAAAGUCACGAGGAGGCGGUUGGAUGGGAUGCGGUGGUUGGUCAUUGGAGGGUCGUGAUCUUGUAA